UAGAGAAACACAUUUACUAGGUGCCUACUGUGUGCUGCGUGUUUUAAACAGAUUAUAUAAUUGCAUCCUCACAAUACGCUCAUGAAGUAGGUGGUACGUCUCCACUUAAAAAAUGAAGCUGAAGCUUAGCCAUACCGAGUGACUUGCCCAAGAUGGCCCAGCGAGUGAUGGAUGCAGGCAGGAUUCAAAUCCCGUCCGACUCCAAAGCCUACACGCAUUUCACAACCCGGCCCUCCUUUACUAUCUAUUGUCUCACUCCACGCUCACUGCAAGCCUAUGCGGUGUAUUAUUGCCCCAUUUCACCGAGGAGGAGAGUGAGGCUCCGAGUGGUGAAAUGACCUGCCCAGUAAGGGGUCUGUCCUCGAGGGGGCGGAGUAGAGCGGGAGGAGUGCUCACGUGGGCGCGGAUGCCGCAGCCCGGCCCCUCCUCCCGGCCCUGCCUCGCGCUCCGGCUCCCACCUUUCCAGGUCCUGAUCCCGCGCACCCCGACUGCGAACUACACUUCCCGGCAGGACGUGAGAGCGCGCACGCGCAGCGGGGCCUCCGCCAUGGCGACCGUACUGUCCAGGGCGCUCAAGCUCCCGGGGAAGAAGAGCCCGGACCUGGGGGAGUAUGACCCCCUCACACAGGCCGACAGCGACGAGAGUGAAGAUGAUCUCGUGCUUAACCUGCAGCAGAAGAACGGAGGGGUCAAGAACGGGAAGAGUCCGCUGGGAGAAGCACCAGAGCCCGACUCGGAUGCUGAGGUCACUGGGGCUGGGAAGCCCCAUCUCUCGGAGGUCACCACGGAGGGGUACCCCUUGGAGCCCCUGGGGGCCCUGGAGCAGAAGGCGGCCUCCUCCAUCGCGUCCUACGUGCGCACGUCUGUCUUUCUGCUGAUGCUGGUCAUCUCCAUGGUCCUGGUACUCGUGUGUGCCUUCCUGAUCCCCUGUCCCCCCCGAGACCUGCACAGCACGUGGAGCCGCCACUUGGGCCCCCAGGGAGGUGGGGACCUGUCUCCACUGGACCUGGCAGACGUGAACGGAGACGGCCUGCGUGACGUGCUUCUCUCCUUCGUGACAUCAGGGAAUGGGAGCACCGCUGGUGUCUCAAGGUCACCUGCUGUCCUCGUGUGCCUUUCGGGGAUGAAUGGCAGUACGCUCUGGUCUAGUCCCCUCCCCGAGGAGGCCCGAGAUAUUACCUGUCUGGAUCUAAUGCCAGGGAGAGUGGCCGAAACCGUCUGCCUUGUGACGGGGACACACAAGAUGCUCAGUGCAUUCAACGCGACAUCAGGGAAAGCCAUUUGGACUUUAGACCCACACUACUUACCCAACGGUACCCUGGCUGCCCCAGGCGUGGUGCUGCCAGACCUGGAUGAAGAUGGCAUUAGAGAUCUCGCAGUUCUGGUCAUUGGGGAAUUGCAGCCAGAUCUGUGCUUCCUGCUGGUGUCUGGCCGGACGGGGAAUCCCGUGGGCCGACCCGUGAAGUACAACAUCGUCGGAGUGGGGAACCUGAUCGGCCCUCAGGUUUACAUCACCACCAACGGGGCUGCCUACAUCCUGUUUGGCUUUGGAAAUAUCCAGGCUGUCGCCCUGCGGGACAUUUUUGUUCAGGCCCAAAAUCGAGACAGCUUACCACCUUCCCUGCAGAUAGACGAGCCCGAGUGGGAGAGGCGGAGAUCCAUCAACCUGUCUGAGCUCAUUGACAUUUACAGCGAUGGGGUGGAGCUCCUCCAGACGGUGAAGGUGCCGGGUUCCAACAGCAGCAACCUCCUGAUCACAACCAGCCGAGGCCUUGUUCUGCUCCAGGGGCAAAACCUCACACCUUCCUGGACCUUGAGCCUCCAAGGCCUGCGCAGCCAGCCUACUCCUGGGUAUUUCACGGAUGACGAGACGUUAGACUUCCUUCUGCAGAUACCGAAUGGAGUUGGGCUGAAAAAGGUGAUGGUGGUGGAUGGGGACUCUGGCAUGGUCGCUUGGAGUUACAGCAUUCCGUGUCACAUGGAAGAAGCUCCGGCCACCUCAGCAGCCGCUGUGGACCAGAAGUCUGUCUUCCUCUUCUGGGCUGAAGGGCUGUCAGCUGCAUCGCCCAAUCCUGAUGUCGUCCUAGGAACCGAGCCACCCAGCCUUCACCACCUGUACCUCCUGCAUCCAGCCUUCCCCUCCAUUCUUCUGGAUCUGGCCAAUGCCACCGGCACCGUGACGGCUUCAGAGGUUGGGAUCAACGACCUCUGGAAAGAUGCCUUUUAUGUUACCAGGACAACAGGGCCAAGCUCUGAAGGGCAUCCCGCACCCCUGGUGGUCAGCAAGCUUAGUCUGCGGUGGGCACUGAUGGAGGGCCAAGUGGUCCAGCUAAAGGAGACGGCCCCCAAAAUUGGCCGCGGGGAGCUGCGAAGAUUCCUCUCUAGGAUAAAGUUCGUUGACUCUCCCUACCAGAUCUAGGCUGCUGGAGUCUUCAGUUUCAGAAGAAGUGAACUGAAUGGUACCGUCUCUCUCCAGCUGGAGAGGACGACUUCUGUCACCCACUCCGCCGCAUCUGCGUGAAUGUUGCCAAACACUUUGGAAGGCACUUGGAGGUCUUGGAUAACAGCACGAUCCGUUUGGCUGGGGUGCUGCCCUUCCAACCCCCUAAUUAACCCCUUCUAGGUGUUCUGUGUGGAUAGUUUGGAAAUGUGAAUCUUGUGUUAUUUUUUGUGUGUCUAAUUUAUGAACCCUUGCUGGGAAAUUCCAGUGAAGUCCUUCCCUGGAACAUUUUGUUGUGCGUUACGCCCUGAGUGUGUAUCUGUUGGUGUGGUGAUGAAACCUUCUCUAGAUAAGUAUGUCCUAAGCUCCAGGGACCCAGGUUCUCAUCCGUCCGAAACACAUCUGGUUGGUUUGGGCCUCUUGAGACUCCCAGAUAGCCUACCUCUGACUUGGAGGGCCCCUCAGCAUUUCUCCCCUUCGUCUCCCCCUACCUGUACCUCGGCUACAGUAGAGAGAAAGACUGACACGGGGAUGGCGCGAGCCACCCAGAAUCCUCAUCUCUUCCUUGUUUUGUGGCUCCUGUCUCCUCUCUCCUCACAUGUUCCUUUGCUCUGUAUUCAGUGACCAUAACAAUAACCCUGUUCCUAUCAGAAGGGGAACAGGAGAAGUUUAAACGCCCCACCUCUGACAAGGUCCAUAGGUUAUGGACGUGGUUCAGGUAGUUCCUCCAGUCACGAGCGUUUUACCGUGGUCAGUUCGGACAUGCUCAGGUGUGCACCAUCCACAGCUUAGAGGAAAACUCAAGUCAGGAAUGCCUGAGGCUGGCAGCCUCGUCCCCUUUAUCUCCGCCCUGCUUUCUCAGCAUCGUCUCCUAGUGGGCGUCCUCCUUUCUGCCUCUCAUUUUGCUUUUUAUUCAGGGAUAUUUUUGCUUUGCUUGCAUGAGAGCGAAGCUGUUUCUGGACUUUGGCUCCUCGAGUCCAGCAUGCAACCAUUCUGCCCUGUACCCUCCCUUCCUUGUAGAGCCUUUGAAGCAGAGUAUUUUGAGAAUAUGUCUGUGUAAAUACUAUAGCUUUUUAUAAAUGGAGAAGUUCUUUAGAAUUAUCUCCAGAGCUUAUUUCUUCCUUCUUCUGUAUGAAUAUGUUACUUUAUCAGGUUCUCCCCUAAACUUCUAGGUCAUUGUUUAUAUAGCAGACAAUCCCACGUUAGCUGGGAGAGAACCGCUGUUCUUCUCAAACAAUUUUGAUAGGUCAUCCCUGAGUGCGCUCGGGUUCUCUCUUUACUUGAGCCCUUGUCUUUUUAGCUUGUGUUACUAAAGAGAUUCCAGAAAAUCGGGAUGCCAGAUUUAAAGGGGUAUGUCUGAAUUGCCCACUGGUAGGCUUUGUGACGUAACCGAAGGUUGGUAGCCGGAGCUGUAAGCAGGCAUGUUGCCUGGCCUGUAGACUGGCCUCGCCAGGUUUCUGCCCCCUUCCCGCCUGAAGUCCCUGAAAGCAAAUUUGGUUUCAACACUUUGGAAGGCACGUGUGGGUCCAGCUUCUUGUGAACUUGGGAGAACAAUUAGGACACACCCAAGAGCCUGGGAUUGAUUUCCAGAUUCACUUCUAGGGUUUGAAUCUGCCUGGGCAGAAGGGCGUAGGAUCUAGUUCAGUCUAGCAGAGAAGCCUAAGGCCUGAUUCAUAGUCAACCGAAUACCUGAAGCCUGAGUGGCAGCCUGGGCUGGGCCACCUCGUUCUCUACCACGUGGAGGCUUUCAGGGCUGCCAGCCACUUUAGGCAGGAGUCAAACGCAAAGUUGUUUACGGAGGAUCUGGUUUGGGAGGACUGUUGGGGGCAGGAGACUAUAUUUAUGCUGGGCGAGUCCCAGAAACACCUAAGCAGCAGCUAGGGAAAACAGCGGCCCUAAAUUCUUUGUGGUGUGUUUGCAGACUAACUUCACAUAGAUUGUUUGGUCUCUGAUCAGUUUGAAUCUCUCUUGCUAAACACAGGACACAAGCUCUAGGUUUCUUCUUCCUCCUGCAGCCGGUACAGGGGGAGUAAAUGGCGGCUGAAGAUCGAGGAAGCUUCACCUGAUCGGUGUGGGUGCUGGUCUCGUCCAAUGUGUCCCUAAACUUCCUUCUCCUCGCAGGCAACCCCCCAGCCAGACGUCAAAGAUAGGAAGUGCUCUUCUCUUUCGGGGUUGCCAGCAGAGCCAAUCAAGCGCUACUUAGAAAGAGGAUUGGCUUCAGUGAAUGCCGGGGUGUUCCUUCUCCCAGUCUCUCCUCUUUCCUUCCCGUGCAAGCCCUCUACCCUAGACGACAUCCUCCCACCCCCAGAGGGACUCUGCUCCCCCUUCUAGUGUGGUACCCCCCACCUCGACUGUGAAUGGCCGCCCUUACUGCUUGUGUUAGAGAAGAGCCGGCUGGUACGUUGUCGGGAAGCGCUGUUUAAAAUGUGAAUCGUUACAGAACAAAUAAACACUGUGUGUAGGA